AUGGCUACCCCACCAUUGUCCUCAGAUUCGAUUUCCUUAAAUUCUCGAGACCGGAUGAACUUCAGCGACAUUCACACAAUUUUCUGUGAUUGUGGGGAGAAAAUGGCGGAAACACAGGUCGAGGUGAAUCGCAUUAAGGAGGAAAUGGGUCGUGAUUCUGUGAUAUCGAGGGUGGAAAUGGUUGCUGUGCAGCGGCGAUUAGACCGUAACGAGAAGAAGCUGCACGCUAUGACUGUUGUGGUGGUGGCACUUGUGAUGGUGACGAUCAGUUUGAUGAUUGAGAAAAUACACGCCCUAAUCUUAUAG